UUCCUUCCCGGGGUGCCUCCUGGACCUAGGUCCAACUGGGUCCCCGCGUCCGCAGGGCCGGGGCUGCUGUUUUCGCUCGGCCUCCAGCUCAAUGGAAGAGCCUUCCGGGAAGCCCCUCAGCUGUGCGGARAAGGAAAAGUUGAAGGAAAAAUUAGCAUUCUUGAAAAGGGAAUACAGCAAGACACUGGCCCGCCUUCAGCGUGCCCAAAGAGCCGAGAAGGUUAAGAAUUCUGUUAAGAAAACAGCAGAACAGGAUUGCUCGCUCCAGCAGGAAAUCUCAUCACAGCUAAACCACUCAGAACCUAAAAAUGAAGGAUCUCCUUAUAAGGAGUUACAAAUCAAUGCCCGUCUGGAUGGCAACACUGGAGAAAAGACACCCAUAACACUUGCUGCUGAGCCUGAGUCUUUUAACCCUGAAGAUGGCCCAGAAGAAGGAUUACGUAUUUCAGGAAUGGAUGACAUCCAAGAACAUUGUCCCUACAGGGCAAAUGGCCCUGAUAGUGAGAAAAGGCAGAGUAAGCUUCCAGGGAGAAGAAAGAAGCAGCCAAAGAGAGCACAUGUCUCACAGGAGGGCGAAGGUUUCYUUGACACUGAUUCACUCAUACUCUCUGGAAAAAGACUAAAGAAACAGGAAGCAAUCGGUAGCAAAAAUCCUAGGUCACCAAUAACUGAAAUACCCUCCCUUUCAAGUUGUAAGUCUGAAAUUCCAGAUUCUCCAGCACCACUUGUAGAAACUGAUGGAGAGAAUAUAUUAAUUCCAUCAACUGCCAAAUCAGAAAGAGUUGAUACCCCAUUUAAAGGAAAUAAUUUCUCCAAUAACACUGAAGAUCCUUUGCAUACUAUACCAGAUAACAGUAAUCAUGAGGACCUUGAACAUAUGCCUCCUAAAGGUAAUUGUGAACUCAUUACUCAGGGGUUUAAAAACAUUAGCCUUACUUCACCCAUAAACCUGGAGGUACAAGGCCACCAAAUGACUGUCUCUCCAGAUARCACAGUAGUAAAUAAAGCUGCAGGCACCACUGGCCAGCUGCCUAGAAGUCCUGCAUUAGAGGCAGAUAAUUCAUGUUCUGCAAGUGAACUCCCUUAUAAUAACUUACCAGCAAAGAUAAAGCAAAACUUAAAAGAACAAAAUCACACCAAGGAAUCUCCCAUUAAUGCUUUUAAUGAUAGAAAUGAAAAUCUUCAAGAAAAUGAGGUUCUAAGUCAAUCUAAGAGUCUUAGCCUGGAAGCAGUCCCUUCUGUUUCUACAGAAAAUCAAAUACAUUCUUGCACAGUGCUUGAAGGCCUUUUGUUUCCGGCGGAAUACUAUGUUAGAACAACACGUCGCAUGUCCGAUUGCCAGAAGAAAGUAGCCCUAGAAGCUGUAAUUCAAAAUCACUUGGGUGGCAGGAAGAAGGAGUUUAAAAAUAAAAGUAAGGAAGCACCUAAAAAUUUAAACCCUUCCAAUGAAAAUAGUGCCCAAAGUGAAACUGAGAUUUUGGACACGUGCACAGGACAAGCAAUCUCAAGAAGUCCUCCUCAGGAGCUUCUCUCUCCCCCUGACGUCAGCUCUCCCCCUGGGUCCACCGAAGAURACGACUGUUCUAGGAGGGCUCUUGUGCAGCCAUCUGGUAGAAGACACAGAGGAAAAAGGAAAUCAGUCUGCACCCCAGCAGUAGGUCAUAGUGAACUGAUUUGGCCAAUUUUCAGCACAUUGGGUGUUAACAGAUCCAAGGAAGAAGUCACCUUGGGCAGGCAGCAGAAUGAAAAAGCCAUUAUUCAUGACUUUCAGUUACCUGAAGACGACUUUGGGCCUCUUAUGCUUGAAAAACUGAAGUCCUGCUCGGAAAAACUUAUUGAGCCUCUGGAAUCAAAAAUGUGCAGGGAGAGGUAUCCUAAAGAGGACAAUUGUGUUCUGGAGGAACUGAGUCCUAAACAAAUAGGUGCCGAAAUGGAGGACUCAGAAGAGGACCUUAUUGCUAUACUAAGAAAAGCACAUCGUCAAAUACCAAAUCUAAAACACCAGCCUACCAACAAGGGCCUUUCUUCGUCCAUGAUACUUUUUACUCCUUUAAAUACUUCUGCAUCUGACGAUAACAGCACACCCCUUGUGGACCUGUGUUCAUCUGCUCUCCCCAUGUUAGGCACUACUCCAGCCCUUGGUUCCCAGGCGUACUGUGAAAAAGCAUCUGCCAAGGUCAUUGGACAAACUUGCUCUACAUCCCAGCUUUCUACCCCGGAAGACACAGUCAGCCUGGCUCGUGACAGUAAGCAGUACGACAGUCCCACCAGCUCACCCAAACUGGGAACCAGCCUGCAUGUGUCAGGUAGGCAAGAACAGCCUGCCCAUGACCAUGACUCUGGCCUCCAAGCAACACCUCUACCCACUGAGUCAUUCACUUUCAGAGAAAAUCAACUCUGUGGAAAUAGGUGCCUGGAGUUGCAUAAACAUUCCAUUGAACAGACUAAAGUAGCAGAUCUUCCCACCUGUGACAGCUUAAACCCGGGCAGCCUACAAUUGAUUUCCAAGUUAAAGAAUCCUUCUGGUUCCUGUUCCGUGGAUGUGAGUGCCAUGUGGUGGGAACGAGCUGGUUUUAAGGAGCCAUGUAUCAUAACAGCUUGUGAAUAUGUAGUUUCUCUUUGGAGACCUCUGGAUACUUGGCAGUGGGAAAAAAUCUACACCUGGCAUUUCACAGAGGUACCUGUAUUACAAAUAGUUCCAGUGCCCGAUGUUUGUAAUCUUGUAUGUGUGGCUUUGGGAAGUUUGGAGAUCAGAGAAAUCAGGGCAUUACUUUGUUCCUCUGAGGAUGAAAGUGAAAAACAAGUACUACUGAAAUCUGGAAACAUAAAAGCUGUGCUUGGCCUGACAAGGAAGAGGCUCGUUAGUAGCAGUGGGACCCUUUGUGAUCAGCAAGUGGAAAUCAUGACUUUUGCAGAGGACGGAAGAAGCAAAGAAAAACAGUUUUUGAUGCCCCCUGAAGAGACUAUACUUACUUUUGGUGAGGUCCAAGGGAUGCAGGAAGCUCUGCUUGGUACUACUAUCAUGAACAACAUUGUUAUCUGGAAUUUAAAAACUGGUCAACUCCUGAAAAAGAUGCACAUUGACGAUUCUUUUCAAGCUUCCGUCUGUCACAAAGCCUAUUCUGAAAUGGGGCUCCUGUUUGUUGUUCUGAGUCAUUCUUGUGCCAAAGAGAGGGAGGCGUUGGGCAGCCCCGUGUUUCAGCUGAUUGUGAUUAACCCUAAGACGACCCUGAAUGUGGGCGUGAUGCUGUACUGUCUCCCACAGGGGCAGGCUGGAAGGUUCCUAGAAGGGGACGUGAAAGAUCAUUUUGCAGCAGCAGUCUUGACUUCUGGGACAAUUGCCAUUUGGGACUUACUUCUGGGUCAUUGUACUGCUGUCCUUCCACCCAUCUCUGACCAAAAUUGGUCUUUUGUUAAAUGGUCUGGUACAGAUUCUCACUUACUGGCUGGACAAAAAGAUGGAAAUAUAUUUAUAUAUCGCUACAUAUAAGUUAAGAGGGAAAUAACAGUUUUCUGGAUAUGUGUGGCCUCUUUUUUUUCCCCUUUGGAGUACAACUGUAAAGGAAUAUCUGAAUGACAUUUAAAAUAAUUACUUGUGGGCUGGGGA